AUGCUCAAAAACCGGAUUUGGCGCCAAGUGGCUCAACCCAUUGCCAGGAUGAUGGCAAUGGACUGCGGCGGAUUUGAGUAUUUUGGCGGACGCAUUCCGAGCACGGAGCUGGAUGAGCAAACAGCGACUAUAUUGGAGUUUGUGGAGCAGGAGGAGCACACUGUUAUCUCGGCCGUGCAUAAUAAAUCGGAUGGCAAAAUCAAAUUUCAGCAUCGCAUACCCAACGACGAAGUCUGUUUACUCUUCUACAAGGUGCCUCAGGUGGGACAGGGUGCAGCCGGUGCUGGCGGAGGCGGAGGGGGGGCAGUUGAGCCACUGUUGGGCAUAUUAACACUGGAGGGUGGCCUGGUUAAAUCCAUUUACAAUUCCGUUUCACGUGUCUUUUCGCCCCAUGCCAACACGGCUCGACGCAACGAAUACAGUCCCGAGCUGAGCGGAAUUCUCGAGAAUCUGCAUGUCUCGCUGGGCUCCACGCUGGGUCUGCCACAGAGCGGUAUAACAAGCAUAAAAGAUGAAAUUAAAUAUUGGAAACAGAAACUGGGCCAAAAGGCAAGUUCACGACUUGAUCGCGAAAUGGCGCAAGUGUUUAUUGGCGUGCUGGAGAAUAUUGAGCAAAAAAUUAACACCAUUGAUAGUGGCGGGAAUUCGAGCAGUCGCAUUGAGGAGUUCCUCGACCACGCCCACAACAGUCUAGAUGAAUUGUGGCGCCUGCCCUACAAUUAUCCGCAGCAACGGAUGACGGAUCUGCUGGACAUAAUGGGCAAUCGGUUGUGGGAGGCGUGUCUCCGUCAACUGCUCGCCGAAGAGGACAUUUGGAGCCUGAACUCGUAUAAUGUGCAGAAUGUGAUGGGGCAGUGCAUGGACACCAUAGAUGCCUGGAUGCAGUUGUGCGACUCGUUGACGCGUCUCUUUUGGCCCAACUACGUGAAGCAUCCGUGGCUGGGAGAACCGCAUCUGCCGCGUCGUGGUCAGCAGUUCAAGGAGCGUCUCGGAGAGAUUCGGAACAUAAAACAACUGUAUAAACAGAUUGCCACGCUCCUCAACGAUGCCGAGCUGCAGGAGAUGUUCCAGGAGCAGGCAGCGUUUAGUGAUUUCAAUAUAUUCGACACCUCGCCACCUGGUCAGGUGAAGUGGCACAAGGCGCUGCAGCAUUUCGAGCAGGUGCUGCAGCCGAUCGAUGAGCGUAUUGCAGCUGCUUUGAAGGCACAACUGCAUCAUCAUUUGAGUAAUCCACGCCAGGUCAUUUUCAUCUUCUCCAAAUACGAGAUGCUUAUCCAAAGACCCGCUGUGCUCGAGCUGCUCACAAUUGAGCGGGAGCAAUUUCUGCAAUCGUUGCAGUUACUGUUGCAGGAUCUGCGCAAGGCGAUGACGGAUACGAAUAUGGAACCGGAUACGGGUCAUUUGUCGGUAAUUUGCAACGAGUGCCGUUGGCUCAAAGUGGUGCAGUAUCAAAUCCAGGAGAUCGAAAAGGUCAGCCAUUUGAUAAGCGGCCGUGAGGGUUUCGACAAGAUCAACAAAGCGGUGCAGGAGAUCAAGGAAGAGACCGAAUCGCUGCUGCGCACCAAUUUCGAAAUCUGGUCGGGUCAAUGCUCGACGGCUGUGAAAAGUGGCGAACUCAGACUACGUGACGAUCAGGCCGUGGUCAAGUUCGAGAAGGAGGGUCGUCAGCUGAUGCGUGUCACCUUCAAUCCGAAGUUGGUCACCUUUUGCCAGGAUGUGCGCGAAUUUGAGAAUCUCGGUUAUACGGUGCCACUCGAGCUGCGCUCCGCAGCCACACAUGCUGCGAAAUAUAUGUGCUAUGCUCGCCGAUUGCAACAAAUUGCCACGUUCCACAACACGAUUGGGGAUCGCAUGAUUCCCUGCCAGCGACCCAUAAUGCUGAAGAAUGCGCUGGAGUUGCAGCGUCUGGUGCAAAGCGAAACGGUCGCUUGGCAGGAUGAGGCGUCGGUGCAACGGUAUGUGAACAUCCUGCAGGAGGCAGUGUCCAAGCUGUCGGCGGAUAAUACGCUACUAGUCGGCUAUCAUGAGCAGGCCAAGCGAACGGUCAUGAAACUGAUGGGCACCGAUCUGCUGACACAAAACCAAGUGUGGAAAGAUGAGCUACGUCAUCUACGUGAGCUGGUGGCGACGCUGGAACGCCAAGGCUACACCAAUUUGGAUGCCUUCAAGCUGCACUGGGAUCAUCAGCUGUACAAGGUGCUUGAGUAUCAAUAUAUACUCGGACUGCUGGACAUGAACAACAAACUGCCCGAUAUACACAUUAAGUUGCUGCUGCGUCAGCGCGAACUCUGCUACAGUCCACCGGAGGAGGAGAUACGUGAUGUCUACUUUUCGCAGCUGCGACGCUUCAUUGAGAGACCCAGCAAUUUUCAUGGCCUAUCCGAGCAGAGCACUCAGCUAUUUCAGUCCAUGGUGACGCUGAAUCGCCAUCACUUUGGACCGCUCUAUGCGCGAGCUGCUCAACUCUUCGAUAAGCUGGAGGAAUUUAAGCUAAUUUGGCUGCCCUGGAUUGCGUUGGGCUGUGUGGAUGUGGAACAGUUGUGUGGCAUCCACUUGAACGAGGCCGACGAUUGGGAUCGCAAUUUUCGUGCGUGCAAACAAUUUAGUCAACAGCUGGCCAAGUUGCAGCAAUCGGAGGAAUCCAUCGAUUGCAUUGUGAUCAAUGUGAUGCCCCUGCGCUCAGAUAUUGAGUACCUGAGCAGACGCUACUGGGAGGCGUUGUCCAACAGUCUGCGGUCCUCCAUCCUCAACGAUGUACAGGCGGUGCAGGAGUUUUUGCAGAAUGCGUUGCAAUUCCUGCAGAAUGUGCCCAUGGACGAGGGCAGCAUCAGUGAGUCGGGCAUGAAGUAUGAGAAUAUUAUGCGCGAGUUGCCACAGAUCAGUGGCACGUUGGAGUUGGUCCGGCAGAAGGAUGCCUGCUUGGCGGGGUGGUGCAAGGAACGUGUGACCGCAUUGGCCACGAUUAUGUUGCAGUGGGAGCAACUGCAGCCGCUGCUGGAGAAUCAUGCGGUCAUCUUGCAGAGGCAGGUGGAUAUGAUUAAGACGCAGGCGCACACUCAACUCCAGAAUCUGCGCAACGAGGCGGAGAAGUUUCUGUUGCGCUGGGAGUCGACCAUUGCGGAGCUGGAGGCCAAUGAGUUGGCCGGCCUCGAACUCUUUAAGGAGCGACGCGCCCACUGGCAACAAUUGCAGACGAAGAAGCAGCAGCUGCUCGACGAAUGCCAUAAAUUCAAUAUGGAAUUUCCCGCAGAUGCACUGGCUCCCUUUGCUGCAAUCGAUGCCCAGUUGGAGGCACAGUCCCAGCAGUGGCAAACUUAUGAUGCAUUCUUGGACGAACUGCAGCCCAUACUUCAGGAGGAGUGGGCCAUCUACAGGCGACGUCCGUACAUUCUCAACGAGUUCAUUGGCCGCUGGGAGGGCACGGUGCAUGGCUCUAUUGAUUUACCUGCGAAACGCAUCCGGCAACAGGUGGAACGUUUGCAGCUCACUUUGCCCAUCCUCCAGCAGUUGCAAUCGGAUGCGUUGAGUGAACGUCAUUGGGCGGCCAUCUUUCACCUGCUGCACCGGCGUCAAUCGAAGCCUUUGCAUGCCAUACAAGUGCAGGAUUUGUUGGAGGAUAUGGAUGCAUUGCAGGCAUCGGCCACAGAGAUUGGGAGUAUUGUGCGGCAGGCGGCAUCCGAGCAGAUUGUGCGGCAAGCUCUCGUCGAACUCGAUCAGUGGUCGGUUACCGCCCAACUCAAGCUAAUUGAGCGUACAGAUGCCGCCGGGCAAAGCGUAGCGCUGAUCAAGGACUAUCAGGAGGUGCUAAACAAGAUUGGCGACAAUCAAUCGCUGCUGCAGUCGGCCAAAAACUCGGCUGCCUUUGAUAGCUUCUCGGAUCAGGCGGGUCUCUGGGAGAGUCGUCUCAAUACGCUCGAUGUGCUGCUCAGCAGCUUAAGUCAUUCACAGCGACGUUGGGUUUAUUUGGAGCCAGUGUUUGGCGCUGGCACCUUGCAGCAGGAGCACGCUCUGUUCAAGCGCAUCGACAAGGACUUUCGCUACGUUAUGCGUGAGAUUCAAAUGGAUCCACGGGUGACGGCUCUGCUUAAGAUUAACAACAUCAGCACCAUUGUGAAUGCGCUCGAGACGCAAUUGGCGCGUUGCCAACAGAAUCUAAUGAGCUAUAUAACGGACAAACGCAACUCGUUUCCACGUUUCUAUUUCCUCGGCGACGACGAUCUGCUGGAGCUGCUGGGUCAGGCAUCCAAGGAUGCGGACAUCAUUAAGCGACACAUACGCAAACUCUUCCCCGGCUGUCACAGUCUGUCCAUUGAGCAGGCGGCAAAUGGCAAUCACUAUCGAAUACUGGCGGUGCACAGCGCCGAGGGUGAUGAGCUGCGACUAAGCCAAGCUGUUGACAUGACCGGUGACAUUGAGCGCUGGUUAAAUGAGCUCGUCGCCGUUGUGCAGGAGACGUUGCGUGGGCAGAUUUACGAGUGCUACAACCACACCAAUGGAUCCAGCGAUAAUCUCAAUGAGCAGCUACUACGGCAAUAUGCCAGCCAAGUUCUUGCCACCGCACGGGCGCUCCAUUUCACGAGGCAAACGGAGAAAUCAAUUGGCAGCAUGUCAUUGGCUAAGCUGCAAAAGCAGUUGCAAGCUGAAAUCUCACAUUUGGUGGCCAUGAAACAACAGUGUGACAGUUUGCACAGUCUUAAGCUAGGCGCUUUGCUGCUGGAUCUGGUGCAUUAUGUGAGCGUUGUGGAGCAGCUGCAGCGCCAUAAUGUGAUGCAAGCCACAGACUGGUAUUGGCUGAGUCAACUGCGAUAUUAUGUGAAUGGGCAACGACAGGUGUUGGUGCGCAUGGUUUAUGCAGAAUUUGAAUACGCCUACGAGUUUCUCGGUCACGCCAACAAACUGGUACACACCCAACUGACGCACAAGUGUUAUCUCAUCCUCACCCAGGCCAUGCAUAUGGGACUCGGCGGUAAUCCUUUCGGGCCGGCGGGCACUGGCAAAACGGAGUGCGUCAAAGCACUCGGGGGCAUGCUGGGACGUCUCGUGUUGGUUUUCAAUUGCGAUGAGAAUGUGGACACCGAAUCGAUGAGCCUCAUCCUUACCGGGUUAGCUCGCUGCGGCGCCUGGGGCUGCUUCGAUGAGUUCAAUAGGCUGCAGGAGGCAACGCUCUCAUCCAUAUCAAUGCUCAUCCAGCCCAUUCAGAGUGCGCUCAAGGACAAGGCGGACACUGUGCAAAUUGGCGAGCGAAAGGUGGAACUCAACCAGCACUGUGGCAUAUUUGUGACUUUGAAUCCAGCAGGUGGCGAAUACGGCGGCCGACAAAAGUUGCCGGGCAAUAUACAAGCAUUGUUCCGGCCGAUUGUGAUGCAACAACCGGAGCCGGGUGAAAUUGCACGCGUCAUGCUGUUUGUGGAGGGUUUUGCGGCUGCCGCCAAUAUUGCUACGCGCAUCGUCGAACUCUUCGAUCUGUGCGGUAAAAUGCUAUCCGCCCAGCGCCACUACGAUUGGGGACUGCGCGAACUGAAGACGGUGCUGCUCGUCUGCGGCGAGGGACUCCGCACACAAUUAGCAGCAACCAGCCGCCAACAACAGCAUAAUGAACCUGAUGGCAACGAUGAUGAAUUGCGCAUUGUUGUCCACUGUCUGCGCUCAUCGACCAUGUCCAAGUUGGCGCAGCAGGACGUCGAACGUUUCGAAAUGUUGCUGCGCAAUGUAUUUCCGGAAAUUGGUGACUCAAUGGCACCGUUGACACCGCUCCGGCAGGCACUGGCCGCCGCCUUUGGGCCGCUCAAUCUGAGCGCGAAUGACGGGCAAAUUGAGAAGGCAUUACAAUUGCAUGAGCAGCUCCAGAAGCGCAUGGGCGUUGUCCUCGUCGGCCCACCAGGCUGUGGCAAGUCGAGUAUUCUGGCUCUGCUGCGUCAGGCGUUGACCGCAGCAACAACAAGUGGGGCCCAGCUGCGCGUACACACCAUCAGUCCCAAGUCGAUGAGUCGAGUGCAGUUGCUGGGACGACUGGACACUGAUACACGGCAAUGGCUAGACGGCGUCCUCACCCACACCGCGGUGCUCGUCAAUCAGGAGCCGGCCCAUGUCCAUUCGUGGAUUGUGUGCGAUGGCAGCAUUGAUCCCGAGUGGAUUGAGGCAUUAAACUCCGUGCUCGAUGAUAACAAACUCUUAACGCUGCCCUCAGGCUGGCGCAUACAGUUUGGCAACAAUGUCAACUUUAUAUUCGAAACGGACGAUGUGCGUCACGCCUCCCCAGCUACGAUAUCACGCAUGGGCAUUGUCAAUAUGAGCUACGACUAUUAUCCUAUGCAAGAAAUGCUGAAGCAUGAACUGGAAAAGGAACCUUAUGGAGAUCUACUACAAAACUAUAUAGAUGGAAAUUUCAGGACUGCUUUUGACUGGCUGGAAAGCGAACAUUUGUUGAAUCAGAUGCCUGGAAUUAGUCGUGUCAGCUUGCUGCGAUCGCUGCUGCUGCAGCUGCACAACAGUCAGUCACUGGAGGAGUAUGGCGCGGCCACAUUGCGAGCCCUGCUCGGCUAUGUGCCCAGCGAACGGCAGCGGGAGUUUGCGCAGCUGGUAUUGCAGCGAGCGAAUCUCUAUGUGGCUCAGCCGAAUCAUGCCGAGCUGAGCUACUACGAGCCGCAACGCAGUGCCCUCGAGCAGUAUGCGGUGGGUGUGAUUGACAGAGCCGAGACUCAGGAUAGUCAACUGAUUGUUACGGCCCAUGUCAAGGCACAUUUGGGCAUUAUCAAUUCGUUGCUGGAGCAGCCGGCAAAUCGAGCAACUGCCUUCAUGCUCGUCGGACCGAGUGGAGCAGGCAAAACGCUGCUGCUGCAGCAGGCGCUGCAGGAGCACUCGGGCUAUCAGCUGGCCAGCAUCAAUUGCUCCACGCAGCUAACAGCUGGCUAUGUGCUGCACACGCUGCGGACGCACUGCGUCACUGUGAGCGGCGUUCGUGGACGCGAAUAUAAACCCAAGCAAUCGCGUCUGGUGCUGUUUAUGAAGAAUUUGGAUUUGUGUCAACUGGAUGCUUGGGGUGCCUGUGAGAUUGUGGAGUUGCUGCUGCAACUGGUGCAACGCGGCGGCUUCUAUGCGGACAAUCUAGAAUGGAUUAGCGUUAGCGGGUUGCAAAUAUGUGCGUCUAUUAGCGGAAAUUUGCUGAAAAUUGCCCCACGCUAUUUGGCCAUCAAUCAGUAUGUGCGAGUGGGCAGACCAAGUGCCUCCGAUAUGCUCGCAAUUGUUCAGUGCCGCCUCGAGCCAUUGCUCCAGUCUCAUUUUAGGACAGGGGUCGGCAGCAAUCCCAUCAAUUUGCAGCAUGUCAGCGAGUGUCUAAUGGAGUGCUUCGACAAGCUGCAGGCAUCUUUUACCGCCUCAAGUGGUCAGCAGCAGCAGUUGCAUUAUCAGUUUAGUCCAAAGUGCAUUAUGAAGCUAUUGGAGGGUCUCGUUUACUACCCGUCGAGUGACUUCAAUGAGGCCUUGUAUUGCGAGCUGCUGGGCAUGUUUAGGGAUCGAUUGGCCAGCGAGGAGCAUGUGCAGCAAUUUGAGACGAUUUUAAAGCAAACAAUGCGCAAAUACUUUGGCAAGGAGAAAGUGUACUUUGUGCCCAAGUCGCCUAAAUCGAAGGGACAACUGCACGGAUUGUCUCACGAUGAGUGGCUGGAGGAAGUACAACGUCAAAUAACAAUAUGCAAUGCGGAGAGCUACAACAUAACUUCUCCCAUUACUGAGGAGUUGCUGCAGUAUUCAGCAAAAGUGGCACGCAUCCUCGCCCGCAACGAUGCACAUUUGCUUGUACUGGCGGAGGCUGGCGAUCGCCAUGUGGAUGCCAUUUAUGCAGCUGCCACACUGCAACAGGCCAAAGUGCUCAGUCUGCAGGGUGGCGCCACUUAUGCUCUGACCGAUUUCUACAACGAUCUCAAGCUGGUCAUGCAAACAGCGGCGCUGGAGCAGCAGAUGAGCUAUCUGCUCAUCGAACACUGCUGGCUCAGCUAUGUGCCGGACAUCUUGAAACCCAUUGAGGCGUUGCUCGAGGGCAGUGAGAUCUUGGAGCUGUUUGGCGAUGAUCUGGAAACCGUAGCCAGCACACUAAAGCAGGCCGCACAGCUGGAGGGCUAUCAGGAAUCACUGGGCGCCUACUUUAUGAAGCGCGCUCGAGAGCAUUUGCAUUUGAUACUCGUGCUGGAUCCGAGCAGUCCCCAGCUGGCGGAUUACUUCAACAGUUGUCCGGCAUUGCAUCGACAAAUGGAUAUACUCUAUGUGCGCCCGGAGUCGCGGGAAACGCUCUCGAUGCUGCCCAAGCAAUUCAUUGAGCUGCUCAAUGAGGUGUCGUCGAUGGGAGUGGGACGUGGCAAGGUGCCCGUUUGCAGUCACUUUGCGGACGUGGCCGAGGAGUUGCCGCCGGAGCAGCCUGCUCAACGCUACUAUCAGCUAAUCAGCAGUUAUUUCUAUCUGUACAGCAAUGCGGCGGCCGAGAUUGAUCAGCGGCUGGGCAAGUUGCAGUUGGGCGUAGAUAAACUGGCAGCUGCACAUGCUCUUGUGGACACGCUCAAAUCGAAUGCAUCGGCCCAGGAGCAGGCACUGGGGGAGAAGCGGCAGCUGGCGAAUGAUGCGCUGCAAAUGAUCUCGGCCACGAUGCACAAUGCGAAUGAGCAGAAGUCGAGCAUGCUGGAACUGAAGCAACAGACGCAGCAGAGCAGUGAGCAACUGAAGCUGCGACAACGUGAGAUUCAGCAAGAACUGGCCGAAGUGGAACCCAUUCUAGCGGAGGCUAGCAAUGCAGUGGGUCAAAUCAAAUCCGAGGCACUCUCUGAAAUACGUUCACUGCGUGCUCCGCCCGAGACGGUGAGGGAUAUUCUCGAGGGUGUGUUGCGAUUGAUGGGCAUCAGGGACACCUCGUGGAACAGCAUGAAAACGUUUCUGGCCAAGCGUGGCGUCAAGGAAGACAUACGCUCCCUGGACCCGGCACACAUCAGUCCCGAGAACUGUCAUGCCGUCGAGCGAUUGCUGCAGGCCAAAGGUGAUUCUUACGAAUCGAAGAAUGCGAAACGUGCCUCGGCUGCAGCUGCGCCACUUGCUGCUUGGGUGCAGGCCAGUGUUCGCUAUGCGCGUGUCAUCCAAUCCAUCAAGCCGCUGGAGCGGGAGCAAAACGAACUCCAGCACAAUCUCAAUGCAGCCGAGGAUGAGAUGCAGCAGCUCGCCAGCGGAUUGGAUGAUGUGGACAAGCGGGUCCAGCAGCUGUCGGCCAAGUUGCAGACAUACACGCAAGAGGCAGCCGUGCUGGAACUGAAGCUACAAGAGGCGGGCGCCACGCUUCAAGCAGCCGAGCUCCUCGUGGGCAAACUGAGUGCCGAGUAUGCCACCUGGAGUGAACAGCUGGCGGAACUGAAGCGUGCGCACAAAACUCUGGAUGGCAAAACACUGCUGCUCGCCUUGGCCAUCAACUACUAUGCGGGCAGGGGCGUGGAGCAACGGGGCGCUGCGUUGAAACGUCUCCACGCGGAAUUUCAGCUGCCCGGAACCAAUUUUGAUCUGCGUCAAACUCUGGUCACCGAGCAGCAGCAGAUCAUUUGGGAGAGUCAGGGAUUGGCACGCGAUGCGCAGAUCAUUGAGAGUGCUGCACUGCUGCGAGAGAUGCUAUCGCUGCCCUUUGGCAGUUGUCCCGUUCCACUCCUGCUCGAUCCCACCCAGACGACGGGACAGUGGUUGACAGCUCAUAUGAAAGCGACGGGCAGAGCCAGUGAGCUGACAUCGCAGGCCAACGAGAGACUUGGCUAUCAACUGGAGUUGGCUGUGCGCUUUGGCAAGACGCUGCUCGUGCAGGACUGUGAGCAAGUGCGUCCGCCGCUGCUCGAGCUGUUGCAGGGACACAUUUAUGUGCGUUUCAACAAACGCCAGCUGGCCGUGGGCAGUAAAUUGGUGGAUCUGCACGAGGACUUUCAAUUGGUGCUCAUCAGCAAAUCGCAUCGUUUGCAACAGUUGCUGGCUGUGGAGCAGCGAGGCAGGGUGAAUCUCUUGCGAUUCACAGUCACCGCAACGGGACUCGCCGAUCAACUGCUGUCCAAGGCGAUUGUGCUCAAGAAUGCCAAGCUGGAGGAGCAGAGAAUUGAGGUGCUCCAACGCGAGGGUGAGCUGCUCAAGCAGCGUAUGGCGUUGCAGGAUAAACUGCUCGAGCAGCUGUCCAAAGCCGAGGGAGACAUACUGCGCAAUGAACCACUACUCGCCAGCCUCAAUGAGGUGAAGUUGAGCAGUGCUCAAAUCGAUGCAGCUCUCGAGCAGAGUGGACAAGUCAAGCAAACACUGCUCUCGGAAUUCGCUGGCCUACGUGAGUUGUGCGUUCGCGCAGCGGAUUUCUAUGCGGGCUUAACGCAGGGCUACGAACUGUCCGCCUUGGUGUACAUUGAGCUCUUUUUGGGCGCACUACGUGGCCAGGAGCCACAGGAGCCACGAUUGCUGUACGAGCGUCUCGUGCGCAGUGUUUUCCUUCAUCUCGCGCGAGCCAUUCAACGGGAAACUCAACUGACUCUGGCGCUGUGGGUUUGUCGCCAGGCAUACGGAUCGUCAAUUGGGGCCAAGGAAUGGGAACUGUUCGUUGGCAAUUUUAUGGGCAGUGCCGAUGGCAGCAUCCAAUUGGGUGGAGCAAUGCCCGAUUGCAUGAGCCGUGAGGCACAAUUGAAGCUGGCGCUGUUGCUGCAACAGCUGCCCGAGUUGCGUGCGCAACUGCAACUGGACAAGGAUUAUGUGUGGCGAGGCUUCCUCGAACAGCAAACGGACGAUGUGCUGCCUAAUAUCAAAACGCCCUUUCACCGCGUGCUCCUGGCUCAAAUCUUUCGACCCGAUUUACUGCUGCCACAGCUGCGUUUGGCGAGCAGCCAAUUGUUGGGUUUAGCUCCCGAGGCAGCCACACAGCCAAGUGUGCAACAGCUGCUGGAGCAGAGCAGCUGCGACAGACCCAUUCUAAUGAUCAGUCAGCCCGAACUGGAUCCGGCAACAGAACUGCGAGGAGUGGCACUAAAGAAAUGGGGCACAGAGAAAUAUGUCGAGUUGGCAAUUGGCAGAGGCAGCGAACAGAGAGCGUUGAUGGCGAUGCGCGAGGCAGCCGCCAAAGGACAAUGGUUGUGUGUGAAGAAUGUGCAUUUGGUGCCCAAUUGGUUGGAGCAAAUGGAUCAACUAUUGGGCGAACUGAAAAAGUCAGCCGACUUUCGGCUGUGGCUGCUCUGCGAGUCCACAAGGGGAUUCAGCGAGGCAACCAUCUAUAAAUGCCUUCAAGUGCGCUACGAGCAGCCGCACGGACUCAAACAGCAACUGCAACGCAUGCUACAAAAUUACGCCGGACUCGAGGCGGAGACUAAGCAAUCGGCCAAGUGCUUAAAGAUGCGACUGGUUCUCUUUCUGCUGCACGCUGUGUUGCAGCAACGGCGCCAAUAUAUACCCCAAGGAUGGUCCAAGUAUUACGAGUUUGGUGAAGCGGAUCUAAAGGCGGCGCUGGGCGUGCUCAGCUGGCUGGACGCACAACUGGCGAGUGGACGCUGCGAUUGGACAAUAAUGCAGCGUCUCUGCGAAGCAAUCGCCUAUGGCGGCAGAUUGAAUAAUCCCAGGGAUUUGGAUAUAUUGCACACUUAUCUCUCGCAAUUCUGUUGCGCCGAUGUGCUGAGCAAUCGCUGGCAACCGUUGGGUUUGAGUUACUGUCAACUGCCCACCAGUUCCCAGUUGCAGGAUUAUUAUGCAGCAGUCGAGAAGUUGCCCGAACAGGAUGAACCACGUCUUUAUGGAUUGGCUAACCAGGCGCAGCAGCAGCGUGAAAUGGAACAGACGCGUUGCAUCAUAAACGAGCUGCGUGCAUUGCACUAUGGAGGAGUAGGAGGAGGAGCAGGUGAAGUGGCAGCUGCUGCUGCUCCCAAUUCCCGACAACGUCUCGAACAGCAAAUCAAACCGUUGCUCAGCUUGUGGCGCAAGUUGGCCACAUCUUGUAGCAUCACACAGACUGCCAAGGAGGCGGCAGACACAGUAACGCCCACUGCCACUCCUACGCCCUGGACACUAUUCGUGCACGCUGAGCUGCAGCUGGGCGCCCAGCUUUAUAGAGCAGUGCAUCAGUUGCUCUCCCAGCUGCACAACUGGCUUAAGGAGACUGCGGCGACAACAGCAGCUGGAAUGAAUGCUUCUCCAGCGGAUGUCGAUGCACAAACAAUGCAGGCACUAUCGGAGCAGCAGGUGCCGCACAGCUGGGCGAAAUUGUGGCCAGGGCCAAGCAGCAAAAGCGUCGUGGAUUACUUGAGGGGUUUGAUGGUGCGAGCGGAAGCGGCGGAGGAGCGUUUCAAGGGGCAGCUGCAGCUAGAUUUCGGUCGGGAGGUGAAUCUGGUGCAAGUGUACAACUGUGAGAAUCUGCUCGCUUGCCUCAAAUUGCAGCAGGCGCGCAAUUUUGGCAUCUCCACGCAGCGAUUGCAGUUGAAAUCCAAAUCAGCGACAGCAAAUGAGAUGAAUCCAAAAUUAUUGAUGCUCAAAGUGGCUCCAUUAAAGCUCGACGGAGACACACAAAUACCAAAUGCAAGUGUAUCGAGUGCAUUCUUCAUCAGCUACACAAUCAAAGAUGAAGAGAACGAACUCAAUGCACGCGCUGGCGAUAAAUUCAAGAAAAUCGAACAGUUUGCCAGCAAUCGAUAUCAAACCGAUGAGAUAAUUUCUCUUCCCCUAUAUAGCAGGGCUAAAAGGGAUAAACUCAUCUGUCAGCUGGAACUGAAGUUGGGUGGCUCCGUCAACUCGGAACAGGUUCUUUUAGCCGGAACUGCUUUGAUCGUCGACGACUAUUGAAAUCGAUUUAUUUCCACUGGAAUUCAUCCCAACAUAAUGAAUCGAUAAUGUAAACGAAAAGACAAAUAAAUAAAUAAAUAAA